AUGCCUAGCUCUGUACCUGUACACCUGUGUACCUGUACACCUGUGUACCUGUACACCUGUGUACCUGUACACCUGUGUACCUGUACACCUGUGUACCUGUACACCUGUGUACCUGUACACCUGUGUACCUGUACACCUGUGUACCUGUACACCUGUGUACCUGUACACCUGUGUACCUGUACACCUGUGUACCUGUACACCUGUGUACCUGUACACCUGUGUACCUGUACACCUGUGUACCUGUACACCUGUGUACCUGUACACCUGUGUACCUGUACACCUGUGUACCUGUACACCUGUGUACCUGUACACCUGUGUACCUGUACACCUGUGUACCUGUACACCUGUGUACCUGUACACCUGUGUACCUGUACACCUGUGUACCUGUACACCUGUGUACCUGUACACCUGUGUACCUGUACACCUGUGUACCUGUACACCUGUGUACCUGUACACCUGUGUACCUGUACACCUGUGUACCUGUACACCUGUGUACCUGUACACCUGUGUACCUGUACACCUGUGUACCUGUACACCUGUGUACCUGUACACCUGUGUACCUGUACACCUGUGUACCUGUACACCUGUGUACCUGUACACCUGUGCACCUGUACACCUGUGUACCUGUACACCUGUGUACCUGUACCUCCUAUGUUACACCCUCUGCCACCCCAUCCCCUCUAUGACAUUUGCAUUAAAUCUGUCCACCACAACUCCUCACGCAGUUGGCCUGCAGGUUUAUGA